GCGGCACACGCAUUACCUAACAUUAGUUAGCGCAGCGGAAAAGACUCAGGGGAGCUAAAGUUGUUAUUUUAUUUUAUUAAACAGUAAGGGGAGAGAAAAAGACUUAUUUAAAGUAUUUACUUGAACUAUUUUUUUUAAAUUAGAGGUGUAUAAUGUCUGUAAACACCACGCGCGAGCUCCCGUUCCUGCCAGGAAACACAUUCCGGGACACAACGAGGUCAGCCUUCCACAGGGCGCAGACUUUAUCCUAUAAGAACGGCUACGCUCUCCCCGUCCGGCCCAGAGCGGGGAUUGGCCAGCAGCCUUUAAGCUCCGAAAACCUUCUUCAUCACGAGCUGAACCAGCUCUCCAUCCAAACCCCCAUCACCUCGUACGACACGUCCACACGCACCCCUCCACUCGACUUCAUCCCGGCCCACGCUGCCUACGACAAGAAGGUCUUGCGUUUCUAUGGCUACUUCCAACAGGAGGUGCUGCACUCAGCAGAGGAGCACUGGCGUGUGCGCCCCGUGGUGUUUUAUUACUACCUGGAGGAUGAUAGCAUGUGUGUGUUGGAGCCCGAGGUGGAAAACUCGGGAAUCCCGCAGGGGAAACUGCUCAAGCGUCAGCGGCUGCCCAAGAACGAGCGUGGAGAGCACUACCACUGGAAAGACCUGAACCUCGCCGUGGACCUGUGUGUGUACGGCACCGUGUACAGAAUCACACACUGCGACGCCUUCACUCAGGAGUUCAUGGAGAGUCAGGGGAUAGUCCUGAAUGACCCUGAAGCGACCCCCAGUGACCCCUACACCACCCACAGAGCUCAGCCUGAACGCACUUUCAUUACACCAUCAGAAUACGAUCACCUCAACCAGUUUCUCACUAUGGACCGCAAGGUGCUGAGGUUCUUUGCUCUGCUGGACGACUUGGACUCUCUGUAUGGUGAGAAGAGGCCUGUAUCUAUACAGUAUUAUCUGGUGGACGACUCGGUGGAGAUCCGUGAGAUUCACGAGCCCAACAGCGGCAGAGAUGUGUUUCCCCUGCUACUGAAGAGACAGAGGAUUCAUAAAAACAUCAAACCAGCCUGCAAACCGUUCCCUAGCUGUGUUCUGGAAUUGACUCCACAUGAAGUUGAUGAAUAUUACUCUCCAAAGGACUUCCGGCUCGGGGAGAAGCUGACGCUCAUGGGGAAGCACUUCCUGUUGUAUGACUGUGAUGAGUUCACCCAGAAGUACUACGAGCAUCAUCACCCUGACAUCCCGCUCAAGCCUCUCCCUCCAGAGAAAAAGCCCGAGAAAGAGAGCAAGAGGGUGAUCCCGCCAUACAAUGGCUUCGGGUCUCUUGAAGACUCUCUCCAAAACUGUCUGACUCUGAUUCCUGAGCCACCCAAGAAAGACCUGAUCAAGCUGCUGGAAAAUGACCACAAAGUGCUGCGCUACGCUGCCAGGCUGGACUCCCAGAACCCUCAGGAUGAGGGCCGGCGCUUCAUCCUCUACUACUUCCUGUCUAAUGACAUGAUCAGCAUCUUUGAGAAACCCACACGCAACUCAGGCAUCAUCGGAGGAAAAUUCCUGGAGAAGACGCGCGUUCCCAAACCGGGAAGUACGGUGGAAAACCCCGAGUACUACGGACCAGCAGAUUUUGCCAUCGGUGCAACGGUGGAGGUGUUCAGGCGGCGGUUCGUUCUGAUGGACGCAGAUCAGUACGUACUGGAUUACCUCGAGUCGGUGGCAGAACAGGAGAGAAUCCCGGAGCAGACCCUCGCCUCAGUCCGGAGAGCUCUGGGGAAGAACGAGGCCUCGAGUCUGAACCCACUCUCAGUUUCAGAGCUUACACACUCCUCCUGAAGACCACAGCCUUCACCUUUUCAUAGCUGUGUGAAGAAGAUUCUUCAUUCUUUAUUAAACGACAUGUACAUUUGUCUUUUUUCCACCUUACUGUGAGUGUCUAUAUUCUUCAGUUUUGCCUUUUUAGAGACUAGUGUCAUCUCUCAUAUCUUAUUAUAUUAAA